AGUCUAUCCCUCCUUCAUUGUUAUCUCAUCGCAUUCUAUUGAACCGUCUCAAUUAACUCUGCUUAAUCAACCAGUUUUCCUUUUUUGUUAACUUUCGGGCUCCCUAAUUUUGACCCAGGACGACAGAACGAGACAAAGAUAGGAUAUGAUCAGAUUGAGGCCGUGGGGAAUACAUUUGUCAAGUACUGGAGACUGUUUUUUUUUCACUUCACUGAAAUAUCUGAGUUUUUUGUUCUUGUACCCUGCUACAUAUUAUUGCAUUCUCAAUAUCCUAUGCCGUUAACAUGCUCUUCAAUCUCCGGCCAUUUUCUGGAUUUCUUAGCUCAGUUGAGGAUAUAUUCUCGAUUUUUCCGAUUUCAGGAAACAAUGAUUCUCCAAUCUCCAAGUCAGUCAGUCCUUCCUCUUUGUCCUCUCUUCCUUCACGAUUCGUACUCCUAUCAGAAGUAUUCUUCUCGCAAGAGUCUGAUUGAAGAGCUCGAAAGAGUACCUCCCUCAGUUGUAAGAAAGAAAGAUCAGGGACAUCCAUCCUAUCCUCUUCCUUCCCUUCCCUUCCCUCCCACCCCCCUCGGCAUUCAUUCCCUCCCCUUAAUCCCGGACUGUCACAAACAAUGCCAAAUCAUUCACUUCUGUUUAUCUGUCUGUUUGUUUCCAUUCUUUCUCGGGAAGAUAGAUAUAUCUCUACCACGCAAGCUGCAAGUAAAACAAAACCUCCUCAUGUCUCUACCCUCCAACUGGAUGCCAAUGAUCAAGCAUAUACCUCAUACAGAUCAAAAAUCAAAGAUCAAAAAAAUCAAAUCAAAUCAUCUCCCCCUCUCCUCCCUCUCUCUUAUUCUCCAGCGUUUUCUGAAACAAAGGGAAGCUAUUCAAAGUAGCGUUAAAGCAACGCUAUUAUUCGCUAUGUCAGGGAAAAUCGAAUCGAGUCCAAAAAGAUCAACUCUCCUCUCCCCAUUUUCCCUCUCACCCUCUCCCCUCUGCCACCCACCUCUCUCUCUAUCUCCAUCGCCGCCUAUCUAUAAGUCUACACAAUCAAAUUCACAUCGACCCAACUCCAACUCGAACUCGAAAAAUAAAUUUCCCUUUCGAAAGUAAAU